UGGGACUUUAAUACACAGGAAGGCUGUCUUCAUCCAUAGCAGUGUAAUUAAUCGUUUUAUAAAAAACACAUGAAACCAGAUCAAACAAAUUAUAUAUUGUGUCCAGUGAUUUAUUAUGCGAGAAGACACACACUAGUACAAUUGUAGAUUCUUCAAUAACAUAUAUAUUUAACAAAAUCUAGAACCCCAUUAACGUUUUUGUGCAUCUCGACAAUAUAAUAAGAGACCUAUUAUAUGAGUAAGUUAGACUCGAAUUCGAUUAAUUUAUACAUCUACAACACUACAUUCACAAACAAUAACCUUAUAAUAACAAUAAUUGUCUCUUGUGGCCAUAGGGUGAAGACUUGGUCUUCUACUUCUUUUCCCCUUUCUCUACUUCAUUUCUAAGCUUUCUAUAUAUUUUCUUCUCUACUUUUUAUAAAAUUUCCGCUUGUCUGCUAUCUCUUACAUUAAAUCUAAACCUAAAUCAUUAGAAUCCCUAACUAAGCUUUAAUAAUCCCUAAUCCUCCGUUUAAAUAUAUUUUUUUUUCUCUCUUUGCUAUUAGCAUGUCUGGUCUCAAUAUGGGGACAACCUCUCGUUACGUCCAUAACGUCGACGGCGGAGGUGCUGGCCAGUUCUCCACCGACAACCACCACGAAGAUGACGGUGGCGCUGGACAAAACCAUCAUCAUAACCUUCAUAACCAUCAUCAAGGUUUAGAUUUAAUAGCUUCUAAUGACAACUCGGGUCUGGGCGGCGCCGGAGGUGGUGGUGAAGGAAGCGGUGACCUCGUUAUGCGGCGGCCACGUGGACGUCCAGCUGGAUCCAAGAACAAACCAAAACCUCCAGUGAUAGUCACGCGCGAGAGCGCAAACACUCUUAGGGCUCACAUUCUCGAAGUCGGAAGUGGCUGCGACGUCUUCGAGUGCAUCUCCACUUACGCGCGGCGAAGACAGCGGGGGAUUUGCGUUUUGUCCGGAACAGGAACCGUCACAAACGUCAGCAUCCGCCAGCCGACGGCGGCUGGAUCUGUGGUGACUUUGCGAGGCACUUUCGAGAUUCUUUCCCUCUCUGGAUCUUUUCUUCCGCCGCCUGCUCCUCCAGGAGCGACAAGUUUGACUAUAUUCCUCGCCGGAGCUCAGGGACAGGUCGUCGGAGGUAACGUUGUUGGAGAAUUGGUGGCCGCGGGGCCGGUCAUGGUCAUGGCGGCGUCUUUUACGAACGUGGCUUACGAAAGGUUACCUUUGGACGAGCAUGAGGAGCACUUACAGGUCCAAAGCGGCGGUGGCGGAGGAGGGAAUAUGUACUCGGAAGCCAACGGAGGUGGCGGAGGCUUGCCGUUCUUCAAUUUGCCGAUGAGUUUGCCUCAUAUGGGAGUUGAAAACUGGCAGGGGAAUUCCGCCGGCGCUGGUAGGGCUCCGUUUUAGCUACUUUAGAACAAAAAAACUGCAAUUUGUUAUUCCUCUUUUUAUUUUCACAGAAUUUUAUGAAAUUAUGACUUUUAUC